AUAUUCUACCAUUUCAUUCAAAAGGAUUUAUUCAUAAAUUUAUUCAUAAAUCCUUUUGUUUCCCAUUUUCUUCUAGAAUAUCUAAGCAAAUUUUAAAAUAACAACACCUCCAAAAAUGAAGUAAGAAAGAAAAUGCUCACACUUGACCCUCCAGAGCAUUUACUUAACAAGUAUUUGCUGACCCCCAGUAAGUACCGGUGGCUGAUUGAGGCCUUCAGAAUAUAACAGAGAAAAUAAACAAGGGAAACAUUAUUCUGAUUCUCACCACAUCAAUAAACAUUUAAUUUAAAAUGAUGUGAAUGCUUUGAAUGUAAGAGACAAGGUUCCUUGUGAAUAUUUAGAACGUGAAUCGGACCUGUAAUUGCAGUCUGGCAUGGAAAGGUUACUUCAUGAGUAACUCUUGAACUAAGAAUUCAAGGACAUGAAAGAGUUAAUUGGACAAAGAGGAGAGGUCAGAACGUUUUAAGAAAAAAAUAUAUAUUAGUACAUACAAACAUCCUGCUAGAAAGCAGACUGGCAAUUAUCAGGGUCUAAACGAGGAAUGGAAAGAUUAGGAACAAACCUAAGAAGGUAAACUUAUUAGAGUUGAGGAUGAGAAUUAUUUAGGAGUGAGAGGUAGUCACGUGCUGGAAUCCACGGAUACUGGCUAAGAAGGGCCAAUCCUUAAUUACAUUUUCAGAAAUUUUGUGAGCUGGUUGUUAGGCACAAUCAUUAUUAAGAACAAAACUGUGUAAACUUACCGUUAAACAAAUUGCAUUGAAGACACAGAUUUUCAAAUUCAUCCUAGUUAUUCUUAAUUACUUUAUUCUUAUUUGCGCUCCUGAGUUUAUUGAAGCCUAUUAUAUCAAUAUAGUGGAACCACCUUGUGUGUUACUACGUAUUUAUUUUCAAUGCCAUAUUCAGUGAUGCUCUGUCGCUAACUUGAAAUAAACCACAGUGUGAUUUUUACACCCUGGGAAUUGAAACUCUUCAAAUCCAGACUCCCUUACACUGCCAAGAGCCAGUAGCAGCACACCACUGAGUGAGACCUUGAAAUCCUUGCUAAAUAUUGAUCUUGAUCACCGGAGAAAUGAACAGAUACUGAGAUUACUUAAGCAGGGAGUUGAAAAGAGCACAUAUCUGUUUAAACAUAAAUCACUGAGACUACAGAAAUAGGAAACAAGGUGACUUUGGGGGAUCCACAUGGUUAAUCAGGGAGGCUCAGGCAAGGAUCACAGAAGUGAAAAUGUAGGAAAGGGAAUGGAUUUUAGAUUGCUUUAGGGGCUAAAACGAGAAGGACUUAUCCUCCAGGAGCCCUGCCCAGAAGGUGAGUGAAAGGGUAAUAUCAAGGAUUGUUUCCAGACUUCUCACUAUUCAGAUGGAAGUUCGUAUUAGCAUUUGCUAAAAUAGAAAACUUUAGAAGUAAUUUGUUUUAUGUUUUGUAUUGGGUGAAAGUAUUGAAAAUGUUGACUUCAUUGGCCUUUGAGAUACCUGAUGACUGAGUCCUGAGGGAUCGAGGUUGCACGCUUCUCAUGAGGAUCUAAUGCCUGAUGAUCUUAGGUGGUUGACCAGAUUGAUACACUGACCUCUGACCUGCAGCUGGAGGAUGAGAUGACUGACAGCUCUAAAACAGACACGCUGAACAGUAGUUCCAGUGGGACCACAGCCUCCAGCCUGGAGAAGAUCAAAGUGCAGGCCAAUGCGCCACUUAUUAAACCCCCAGCACACCCAUCCGCUAUCCUCACGGUCCUGAGAAAGCCAAAUCCCCCACCGCCUCCUCCACGGUUGACACCUGUGAAGUGCGAAGACCCACAAAGAAUAGUGCCAACUGGUAAUCCCGUAAAGACCAAUGGCACCCUUCUGCGGAACGGAAGCUUACCAGGUGGACCUAGCAAAAUUCCCAAUGGAGACAUCUGCUGCGUACCCAAUAGUAACUUGGACAAGACUGCAGUGCAGCCUCUAAUGCAUAGACCUGAAAAAGACAGGUGUCCCCAGCCAGGGCCUCGAGAACGGGUUCGGUUUAAUGAAAAAGUACAGUACCAUGGCUGUUGUCCUGACUGUGAUACCCGGUAUCACAUAAAAACCAGGGAGGUCCACUUACACAGUGAGCCCAUCCACCCACCGGGAAAGAUUCCUCACCAAGGCCCUCCGCUCCCUCCUCCACCCCACCUCCCUGCUCUCCCACUAGAAAACGGGGGGCUGGGAAUCAGCCACAGUAACAGCUUCCCCCCUCUCAGACCCGCAACUGUGCCUCCCACUGCGCCCAAACCACAGAAGACGAUCUUGAGGAAAUCAACCACUACAACAGUGUGAUGUAUGCCAUUUAAAAAUAACUUUUUGGUUCUUUUUAAAAAUUUUCUAUAUUAUAAGCAUAAAAUAAUAAGUAAUGAGCACUUUCUACUCAAGCAAUAAAAACCCAAAACAUAUUAAUCCUGCAUUCAGCAAAGUGCAUAAAAAUCACCUGGUAAGUAUGCAGCCAGUGUGUUGCUUAUCCAUGGGGUAGGCGUUAUUUUAAAUGUUGUAUCAUCAAAAACCCCAGAGUGAUGAAAAAAUAUGAAUGCAUUGAUUUCACAAUUGCCCUGUGACUGACUGUGACCUGCAGAUUUCAAAUAUUUUGAUUUACUAGAAGAGGCGGGAUUUGAUUCAUUUUACUCAUGACUAAUUCAUCUAUGCAUUGAUAACAUGUCAUACUCUUUGAUCUGAUACUUUUUACUAAGAAAUUUUAAUACUGAAGGACUAUUUUAUUAUUUUUUUUAAAGAUGUUUGUCACUAGUUUUUCAUUAUGAAAUGCUGAGGACAAUACCAAAAAGUUUAUUUUCUAUACUAUACGAUUAUGAAUGAUAUGUUCAGCUACAUAUGUAAUAAAAAUAUUUUCAUCUUUGGAAAUAUCAUUAUGUCAAUAAAUAGCAGUAAAUAAUGGCAAAACCAAA